AUGUCUGCUGUCGCUCCUGUUCCCGUAGAUUCCAAGUCUGCGAAGAAGCGCAAAGCCAAGGGCGAGACUGCUCCUGCCCCUAGCGGUGCUGCAACUCCUCCAGCUGAAACUGUUCUAGUUGACACACACACUAAUGGAAUGGAAUCUCAAACCGAUAGCCAGUUCAUCAAAGACUUGACAAAGUCUGCACACCUCCCCAACACCACCAAGGAUUAUUUAGCUGACUUUUCGCCUAGAAAUAUACGUAACAUUCACAAGAAGCUAGCUGCUUCCACUAAGGCUGACACCGUCAUCGCGGAAAACCCUGGUGUUGCUCUCGACGAUCUCGUGGCCUCCAAGAAGUUGAAUGCCGAUCAAAAGGCACAGAUCCUCAAAAAACCGGCACUUCAAGCACAGCUAGCACAGCUCGAGGACCAACUUGCUGCAUUCCGAGCCUUUGCUCAAGAAUUAGAGGACAGAUUCGCCAAAGACAAGUCAAGCCUGACCGAGGCACAUGAGGCUGAGAUUGUAGCGGUCAAGGAGAAGGCGAGCCAAGAGACGGACAAGAUCAAAAUCGGUGCUGUUGAGGAUGCUUUGCGAGUCAUCAAUCACUUCUUGCAUGCUGCGGCAUCUAAACGUCAGUCUGAAGACGUCGAUUCUGCCGAAUCUCGUGCCUUUGAGGGUACCCUAUUGCUCGUGUACCAGGGCAACGAAGCGUCGCUCGAGACUUUGAAGAGUCUCGUCUAUGGUGUCGAUGAGAAGGUUCCAGACGUUAGUGGCGAGGUCCUCGACUACACUUACGCUCAAGUCAAAGAGUCCGCCCUUAGAGGUGCUGACGAUGUAGCUCAGACUACUAAUCAAGAGGAGGAAGAUUCUCAGCCCACCGAACCUAAGCCUGCGGCCUCCUACGUUCCAACCGAUUCCACCGUCGCAAAUGCAGGACUCACUGAACUCAACGACACGACGACACUACCAACUACCAACGCCAGCGAGUCCGAGUCCGACGUCCUCCCUGUACCAGAACAGUCUACCACUGGAGCGGACGCUGCCAAUGCGAUCGCGGAAGCCUCGUGGGAUCCUCAAGCAUCUGUCGUGACAGACACAAGUGCUACUAAUGAAGAAUGGGUUCAGGUUCCUCGCGACCCAGCUGAAACAGAGACUGGUCUUGCCGCGACGCCUGCAGCUGUCCAAGGUACUGCCAAUUGGGCCGAAGAGGUUGGUGCCGCUGCUGAAGAGAAGCCCACCUCGGAGAAUGACGGAUUUGAACAAGUGAAACGCGAUCGAGGUCGUGGUCGCGGUGGGCGUGGUGGGCGUGGCGACUUCAGAGGACGUGGUCGAGCUGGCGGACGAGGAGAUCGCGGUGGACGAGGAGGAGGGGGACCGAGGGGUGCGCGUGGUGGCCCGCGAGGUGAUAAAAGCUGA